AUGUCUAGCACCACUCAAUUAACAGACGCUUAUCUACUCCAGUCGGCUCUCAAGACCGAAUCGCCUAUCGAUGUCAGCAAGGGCAAGACCAUUUCGGUUGUCUAUGAUGGCAACCAAGGUUCGUACAACAGCGGCUUGAUUCAGAUUGAUGCUACUUCUCAGCUUACCGGAUCGCGUGGAUUUGCUAGCCUCAAGGAGGCCUAUCUCACCCUACCGUAUGCGAUUACCGCCAAAUCGACCGGCACGGCCUCUAUCAACUCGUCGACCAUUAGUCGCUUCGCGUGUGCUCUUAAAUGUAAUGUUGCCAACGUCAUCGAUUCGCUCACGAAGCCGAUCAAGACUGUUCGCUACAUCGACUGCUUCGCCCAAAUGUUCCGGAGGGGAGGCGGUACUACCAAUUCAAGCGGUGUUCCCGCUGGUCAGUUGAAUGCUCCGUUUGAUCUCAACAUCAGCGGUUACAAGAAAAACGUUAAAUACGUAGCUCUGAUUCCGUUCGCUGAUACGACGGCAUACCACUUUGUAUCAUCUGCUGGUACGCCUCAGUACCAAUCCCCCUUCGACAGCGCGCCUUGGACAUGCAUGCCUGGUGCUUCCAUCCGCAAUUUCCAGGUAACCAUUGGUAACAGCAAUGUCUUCGACAAGAGUCAGGAGUACGAUUUCGAGUCGUUCAAGCAUGAGUUCUCGAAGCUCGGCGCUAUCAACAGAGAUCUGUCUCAGGAGAAGGAUGUCCCUCAGGCGAUCCAAGUGAGCGGCAUCAACGGUUCGGCUACCGGCAUGGAUCUCCUCGCACUGGUUGUAUACAAGCGCGAGCUUGAGAUCGACCGUCUCACCGGAGAAGUAGCGAGAACCGAUUAA